GCCUGUGGUUCCUUCUGGCUCUUUCCUUUUAUCUGUGCUGUCAUAGGUACCUCUACUCCUGGCAUCAUGCUGUUGCCUAAAACCAUCUCAGUUGCUAUGGGUCCUCCCACCACCCCUGAUGACCCUCUCCUAUGGCCCACCUCCCCUCUACGCCAUUCACCCACUUCCUGUGUCCCUGGGCACCCUGAACAUGUUGUUGUGCCAAAUGGGAUUCAAUCACACCUACACUCAAACCAAGACUAGGAUUUCUAGGAACCUGGAAUAGACUUCCCUUGCUUAUUGAUUUUGAAUUUGACUUUGAUUUAUGUGGAAUUCUUGGACAAGACUGGGGAAGAAAUACUUUCAGAUAUUUAAUCAUCACAUAUCAACAAUCAUUAGAAGAAAAUAUCACAGAAAGUCUGCAGAAAAAGAUUAUGCUUUCUGAGUCAUAUUAAAACUUUAUAUGUAUACUUGAACUGAUGAUUAAAAAAAAUCCAAACACAUGAAAAACAAACAGCAAACAAACAAAAUUUUGGUUGUAAUAGAUCUUUCUUAGAACCCCAACAUUUGUCAAUAGAUACUAUGACAUGAUGAUUCUUCAAAUAACAUUUCCAACAGAUCUGAAAAUGUAUUGAUCAAACUGAAAUGCUAACAAACAGAGGUCAGUAUAAGGUAAAAGACUAAAUCUACAAUUCAUCCAUUAGUGCAGAUUAGCCAAACAAACUCAGCCUAGCACUCCAAUUCCUGAGAUAUUUGACUAAUGGGGAUGUUCCAAGUGUCCUCCCUUUGGUGACAAACAUUAGACAGAAGACAUUCAUGCCUAAUAUAUGUCUAUAACAGUCACACCUGUGUUUGUUUGUAUAUGGGUUUCUGUUAGUGUAUGUGUCCAAGUGUAUAAAAGUCCAGGAACAAAAGCAUUCAAACACUGAGCUACAGUGAAGGCACAUCCAGAUCAUCUGCACACACUGAAGCAAAAUGGAGCCCAGAGCCUCUUUCUCCAUUCUAGCCCUGCUGCUGGGUCUCUCCCAGGCUCUCCCUACCACAGAACCUCAGUAUGUGGACAUCACAUCACGCAUUAUCACCAUCAACAACGGGUCCAGUGAAAUGCUGGUGGAGGGAGACAUACUUUUGCCAGAAACCAGGAAUUCUCUGGUCUGCCCCAGCAACAAAUGCUUUUGGAAGAAGUCCUCCAAUGGUUUAGUGCAGGUGCCUUAUGUUGUGAGCACUGAUUUCUCUUCUUUGGACAUGGAUGUAAUUAAGAAUGCCAUGGCAUCAUUCCGCAAGAAAACCUGCAUUCGCUUUGUUCCCAGAACAGUUGAACCUGACUACAUCAGCAUCAAAAGCCGAGAUGGGUGUUACUCAGCUGUGGGCAAAACAGGUGGUGCUCAGGUGCUCUCUCUCAACAGGAACGGCUGUGUGUACCAUGGAAUCGUCGAGCACGAGCUGAACCAUGCACUCGGUUUCUACCACGAGCAUACCAGGAGCGACCGUGACAACUAUGUCAGGAUCAACUGGCAAAACAUUGACCCAGCAAUGCAGUCCAAUUUCAACAAGGAGAACACCAACAAUCUGAACACACCAUAUGACUACAGCUCUGUGAUGCACUACGGAAAUACGGCUUUCUCCAUCAACGGAAUGGACACCAUAACUCCUAUUCCUGAUGAAUGGGUGGCGAUUGGACAGAGAGUUGAACUGUCCACCAUUGACGUCAAGAGGAUCAAGAUUCUGUACGAGUGCUAAACUUUACAUCCGAUAACAUUAUAUUUCUAUCUGAUACUUCUUCCUCUCUAGCUUGACCUAAAUGUGCUAUAAUAUUCUCAUCAUACGUAACCAAAAAAUGUAGCAAUACAAUUAUGUGACGUGUUACGUGAUUGCAAAAUAUGUAGUAAUGUCAUAAAA